UCUUUCCUAUGGGUGUAGUGACCCUCCCAGGCUGCGGCCGAUACCGCUGGGGAGACAGGGCAGCGAGCCGCAAUUUGUGCGCACGCGGAGGGAGAUGGGGGAACGCACGCCAAGCAGCCUCCCCAGCAAACGCUAUGCGGAUUCGCGGGGUCCAGCGACCGCAGCCCUGGCACCCGGAGGAGAGGCCGGCGGGGAGGGCGGGGAGACGGCGCCAAGGCGCCAGAGUGCACCGAGGUCACCGAGCCCGGGCCAAGCGGGCAGCUCCCGGGACCCUCGGCCCCAUCCGUCGAUGGCGGCGGGGCAGGGAGAGAGGGGCGCGGCGGUCAGGGCGCAAGGGGCGAGCCCGGGCUUCACCCCGCGCCCCUCCGGCCCCGGAGUCUCCGGGAGCCGCCCCGAACGUGCCCGCUCAGGCGCGGGCCAGGGCGACUCCCCCGCGGCGCCGGGGCCCUCCCGCGGGUGGCACAGAGCGCCGGGGCCUCGCGCCACACCUGUCCGCUCCUCCCGGAGGCCCCGGCGCCGCCACUGCCGGCCCCUCCGCGCGCAGCCCUGUGUCCGCCGCCGCUUUGAUCCCGGGGGCCCCGCGGGAUAAAAGUCCCGGGCGGCUCCGCGCCAGCGCCAGACGGGGAGCACAGCCGAGCCCGGCGCACCAGCGGGCGGCGCAGGGCGAGCGACGCCGAGGAGCCCGGCCACGGGGCCGCCCGCGCGCGCCGCGGUGGCCGCGGGCCCGACUGUCGCGGCCAUGGGCCGAGGGGUGCGCGUGUUGUUGCUGAUCCUCGGCCUGCUGCACUGGGCCGGGGGCGGCGCGGCCAGGAAGACCUGGCGGCGCCGCGGACAGCAGCCGCCGCCCCCGCCGCCGCCCGCACAGCAGACCGAGGCGGCGCCGGGGGCCGGGCAGCCGGUGGAGAGCUUCCCGCUGGACUUCACGGCCGUAGAGGGCAACAUGGACAGCUUCAUGGCGCAGGUCAAGAGCCUGGCGCAGUCCCUGUACCCCUGCUCCGCGCAGCAGCUAAACGAGGACCUGCGCCUGCACCUCCUGCUCAACACGUCCGUAACUUGCAACGACGGAAGCCCGGCCGGAUAUUACCUGAAGGAGUCCAAGGGCAGUCGGCGCUGGCUCCUCUUCCUGGAAGGUGGCUGGUACUGCUUCAGCCGCGAGAGCUGUGACUCCAGGUACGACACCAUGCGGCGCCUCAUGAGCUCCAAGGACUGGCCGCGCACUCGCACAGGCACGGGGAUCCUGUCCUCACAGCCAGAAGAGAACCCGCACUGGUGGAACGCCAACAUGGUCUUCGUUCCUUACUGCUCCAGCGACGUGUGGAGUGGGGCCUCCCCCAAAUCCGAGAAGAACGGCUACGCCUUCCUGGGCGCGCUCAUCAUCCAGGAGGUGGUGCGGGAGCUGCUGGGCAGAGGGCUCGGCGGGGCCAAAGUGCUGCUGCUGGCCGGGAGCAGUGCUGGGGGCACCGGGGUGCUGCUGAACGUGGACCGCGUGGCCGAGCAGCUGGAGGCGCUGGGCCACCCGUCCAUCCAGGUGCGGGGCCUGGCCGACUCCGGCUGGUUCCUGGACAACAAGCAGUACCGCCGCACGGGCUGUGUGGACACCGUCACCUGCGCGCCCACGGAAGCCAUCCGCCGCGGCAUCAGGUACUGGAACGGGGUGGUCCCGGAGCGCUGCCGGCGCCAGUUCAAGGAGGGCGAGGAGUGGAACUGCUUCUUCGGCUACAAGGUCUACCCCACGCUGCGCUGCCCGGUGUUCGUGGUGCAGUGGCUGUUUGACGAGGCCCAGCUGACCGUGGACAACGUGCACCUGACGGGGCAGCCGGUGCAGGAGGGGCAGUGGCUCUACAUCCAGAACCUGGGCCGCGAGCUGCGCGAGACGCUCAGAGACGUGCCGGCCAGCUUUGCGCCCGCCUGCCUGUCCCACGAGAUCAUCAUUCGCAGCCACUGGACCGAGGUCCAGGUGAAGGGGACCUCGCUGCCCCGGGCGCUGCACUGCUGGGACCGCAGCCUGCAGGAGAACCACAAGGCGGGCAGAGCCCCUCUGAAGGGCUGCCCCACCCGCCUGGUGGACAGCUGCCCCUGGCCGCACUGCAACCCCUCGUGCCCCACCAUCCGGGACCAGUUCACGGGGCAGGAGAUGAGCGUGGCCCAGUUCCUCAUGCACAUGGGCUUCGACGUGCAGGCCGUGGCCCAGCAGCAGGGACUGGAGCCCAGCAAGCUGCUGGGCCUGCUGAGCAGUGCCCGCUAGGGGCGCCCUGGAGCCGGCCCCGCCCCGCGGGGAGCCGGCCCCGCCCCGCGGGGAGCCGGCCCCGCCCCGCGAGGAGCCGGCCCCGCCCCGCGGGGAGCCGGCCCCGCCCCGCGAGGAGCCGGCCCCGCCCCGCGGGGAGCCGGCCCCGCCCGGAGACCAAGCACUGGAUCCCCAGCCUGGCUGGGACAGCCCCGCCCAGCCCAGCCCCGCCAAUCAUGCCCUUUUGUAUUAUUUUAUAAAGUGACUUUUUUAUUACUUUAAUUUUUUAAAAAGGAAAAUAAGAACUCUAUGAUGAAUGAUAUUGUUUUGUAACAUAUUUUUUUUAAAUAAUGAAAAAAAAGAUGACAAAAGAGC